UAAUCUGCAGCAACAGUUAGAAAAGACCCAAGGAACAUAUUAUUGUGGAUUGAAACAGCUCUGGAAAUAAGCAAUGGCUCCAAUCUUAGCAGAUAACAGCAGCUCAAACUUGCCUGAAAGGGACAAUUAUGUAAACACUGGAUUUGGAUAUGUCAAAAAUCCCCAUCUGGACCUGUUACCAGAGGACAUCCUCUACCAUUUUGACUUGGGAACACGAACACAUGACCUGCCCUCUAUGUUUGGGGAUGUUAAGUUUGUCUGCAUUGGUGGAAGUCCAAACAGAAUGAAGGAUUUUGCGAUAUUUAUGCACCAGGAGUUAGGCCUGACCGGAGAUGGCAGCGACAUAACUGAUAUUUGUGCCGGCACCGACAGAUACAGCAUGUACAAAGCCGGGCCCGUGCUGUCUAUUAGCCAUGGGAUGGGAAUCCCCUCUAUCUCCAUAAUGCUGCAUGAGCUCAUUAAGCUUCUUCAUCAUGCCAAGUGCAAAGAUGUGACCAUUAUACGUAUCGGGACAUCGGGGGGAAUCGGCAUUGAACCGGGAACGGUUGUGAUCACAGAUAUUGCAGUGGACGCGUUUUUCAGACCGCAGUUCGAGCAGGUUAUUUUAGAUAAGGUGGUUAUCAGGAACACUCAGCUUGACCAGCAACUGGCGGAAAGUCUUCUACGCUGCAGCAAGGAGAUCAAUGACUUCCCGACUAUCAUUGGUCACACCAUGUGCACCUAUGAUUUCUAUGAAGGUCAGGGGAGAUUGGACGGCGCGCUCUGCUCAUUUUCGAAGGAGGAAAAAUGCGAGUAUCUGCAGAAGGCGUACAUUGCUGGAGUCAGGAACAUUGAGAUGGAGUCUUCGGUCUUCGCCGCCAUGUGCCAUUUGUGCGGACUUAAAGCCGCUGUGGUCUGCGUGACUCUUCUUGACAGAUUGCAGGGGGAUCAGAUCACACACAGUCACAGUGUCCUCACAGAAUUUCAGAGGCGACCUCAGAAGCUGAUCUCCCAUUUCAUCAGGAAGCAACUGCACAUGUGCACAUAGCUCGGUGCUGGACAAUGCCGCCACUCCAUGCACUUUGUAUAUAUACAUUGUACUGUGAGUUAUACACACUCAAGAAUAUAAGGUUACUGUACAACAUAGGAAGCGGUACCACUAAACUUAAAGUGCUGUAUAAAUAUAUAUAUAAUGUACUGUUCCUGAAUUUGCAUGUUUAAAAACUAUUUAAGGAAAAUGGUGUUUAUCAGGGAAGACUGUUUUCUUUUCAUAAUCCUAUUUUAUGAAAAAGAUCCCCAAAAUUUAAGGUGAUCAAUGGUGUUCCUGCUAUGGAGACCCUCAGCAAUAAGAUAUAAUCUGCUGGGGAACCUGGCAACAACUGUUCAGUUUCUCUGCAGUGCCCCCACAGGACAAGUGAAGCGCUACACAGUUACCACAUAAUGUGUGGAUGUGCGGGGUCCUGCAGAGGCAAAUCUUGUCAAUGUAGUUGCUCUUUGCUCCAGCUAAUUGAAGGAGGUGACAAACCAGAGCCCCUAUAUUUAGGAGAUGUUCCCAUGUAGUAGAUUUACUGCCGAUUUUUCAUAUGUAUUUGAAGAAGGAAAAUUCACAGCAGAAUAAAGAAGCAGCAAAGUGGAUGAGAUUGGAACAAAUCUAUCAACACACUGUAGAAUUGUUCAAAAAGUUAAUUGACCUGCAGUUUGGAUUUUUAUAAAAACUUUUCAAUGGUAUUUUGGAUUUUCAAUGUAACCCAGAACACAUGUACUGGCUAUGUCCUCAUGACCGUAACCCCAGACAAAGUACCUGCAGUCGAGGGCUAA